GAAAUUCAUUAGAAGAACAUAAACAGAAAUGCUGACGUUUAUUUUGAAAAUCAUCGUCCGGAAGUCAUCAGCACUUACCAAAUCUACGGCGACUACAGACGCCACAAAGCCCAUCGGGUGAUUACAAAGCAUCUACACAAUUACGGACACUCGCUGCUACUCUGUGGAAGUCGCAGCUUUGUGUGUGUGGCAUUGUGUGUGUGUAUCUGAGACAUUGUUGUGCAGUUUGUGUGAGUGGGUGCGUGUAGCACUGUUCUGCAGUGUGUGUGAUGUCUUCAGAGCUGCUGGUAGAUUUGGGUGAAGACCAUGCGGCUGCACAGUUAGGACAGCUGAAGCUGGCCACGAUAGAGGACCAGCAGUGGCCCGCUGAUGAGUCUACUCUCAGCAAGUCAGAGACAGACAUCUCCCAGCGCUUCGACGCUGGCUCUCCCCACCUGCCCUGGGACCAUCCCUUCUAUGACAUUGCUAGGCAUCAGAUCAUUGAAGUGGCAGGUGAUGAUAACUUUGGCAGGAAGGUGAUAGUGUUCAAUGCCUGCAGGAUGCCUCCGCAGCACCAACUGGACCAUCACAAGCUUCUGAUGUAUCUUAAAGGAACACUGGAUCAGUAUGUUGAAAGUGACUACACUCUGAUCUAUUUCCAUCAUGGGCUGACCAGUGAAAACAAACCAUCUCUCAGCUGGCUACGAGACGCAUACAGGGAGUUUGACAGAAAGUACAAGAAGAACAUCAAGGCUCUGUAUAUUGUCCAUCCCACAAUGUUCAUCAAGACUCUGCUGAUCCUCUUCAAACCAAUCAUCAGUUUUAAGUUUGGCAGGAAGAUCAACUAUGUGAGCUAUCUAAGUGAGCUGGAGGAUGUGGUGAAGUGUGAGCAACUGCUCAUUCCUGCCCGUGUCAAAGAGUAUGACAACAAGUUGAGAGCAGCUAUGAAGCCAUGCACCCAGCCUCCCAUGUCUCCUCCUCGCAGCCCUCCUCUCCCUAGCCAGGUGUUUGGGGUGCCACUCGAAUUGCUCAGACAGAGGAGUCCAGAUGGUGAUUCAGUUCCUAUGGUGAUGAGAGACACCAUUACCUUCCUUUCAGAGCAAGGUUUGGAGAUCGAGGGGAUCUUCAGACGGUCUGCCAAUGUGACUCUGGUGAAGGAGGUCCAGCUCAGAUACAACUCAGGUGCGACAGUGAAUUUCAGAGAGUUAGAAGAUGUCCACUUGGCUGCUGUGAUUCUGAAGACGUUCCUGAGGGAACUACCUGAGCCUCUGCUGACCUACCAGCUCUACAACGACAUUGUCAACUUCACCUCUGUAUCCAGUGACAGCCAGGUAACUGUUAUGAAGACACUGGUAGAGUCGCUGCCAGAGGAAAACUAUGCAUCACUGCGAUACCUCAUCACAUUCCUGGCACAGGUAUCAGCCAACAGUGAAGUGAAUAAGAUGACCAACAGUAACCUGGCUGUUGUGUUUGGUCCUAACCUGCUCUGGGGGCGGGACAACGCCAUGUCACUCAGCGCCAUUGGGCCAAUCAACAACUUCACCAGAAUCCUGCUGGACCAGCAGCAUCUGGUCUUUACCUAAAUUCCACCCUGCAGUCUCUCUUCCAGUCAGAAACACCACUGAGACCCCCUUUUCCCUACAGCAUUUAGCCUUUAGCUCCCCCUGCUCCUGACCGAUCAGGAGUUUCAUCUAGGUACUUCUCUAUCAGCAACACUUAGACAAGCCAACUUCAACUGCUUUUCCAUUAAAAGAUGAUACACUUUAAAAAGAUCCUGUGGACCAAUUGCAUUACCACCAGUCGUUCAUUCGACAUUCUGAUUGGCCUAUUAGCAGUGUCUUGUUGUUAUGUCAAGCGGUCUAGACUGCUGCUUGCUUCUUGCCCACAUUUCCGUUUCCAUGUGACUCCAGGCAUGAACGGAUGUGGAAAUGGUACAUACAUUUGACUGCAGCCAAAUAACCCCAUAUAAACAAUUUAUAGCACAAAAUUCAACAUCUAAUUAGUAGAUGACUUACCAGCCAUUCACACUGGGUCACUUUGACUGUGGAGACCAAAGGCACAGAUUUAACCCCUGUAGUUGGAGGCAGGGGUAAAGUCUGUCCAGCAAGUCAUGCAUUUUUGCUGCUUUGGUCUUGCCUUUUAUCAUUUCUACCUUACACAUGCUAAUAAUCUAGCAGUAAUCAUAAACAAAAAACAAACUGGUGAAACAUACACUCCCCGAUUUGGUUAUAGCAUUUUAUUGUGCUACCAAAUUCUAUAAUUCCUUCCGCUCACUGUAUAUGUUGCCCAACUGUAAAAAUUUGCCGCAUAAAUGGUGAUAAGCAUGGAUGAGAUUGACACAGCUGUACAAGUUGUUCCAAGUUAACUUACAGAAAUAAUAACUCUUAAAGUGGUUUUCCAGUGAUUUAUUAUUGCAUUAUUCCAUAAAGUUGGGCGACUCACAAGUGACAGAUGCACUUCCCAUAAUGCAGCUUAAGUGCUGUAACAUAACCAGGGAGUGUAUCUUUCAGGAUGUAUGCGCUCAAGUGAAAUAUUUAUUGAUUAUGUUGGUCCCAGUGUGAAUGCAGGGUUAGUCUCACACAACCGCUGGAUGCAGUACAGGCAACCUGAAGUUCUGUCACUUCUGAUUCUUCCACCACCCCAUUACACCCAACCAACCCUUCAAAAAUUCCAGUCCUAACUGCAUGUGUUUAUACUCGUAUUUAAGUGUGUCUCAGGCUCUACCUGAACACAGUCUAUCAUCUUUUAUCUCUAUAGGGAGAUUAAUAGCAGUUAGACUUAGAUUUCACCAGUCUUUCUCUGUGUUUCUGUGCAGUGCUGUAGUCAGUCUGUCUCUCUGCUGUUUUCUAUGUCGUGCCAAAAAACAAAACAAAAAACUGGCCUCCAGCUUUCACAGAAAGACACAGAGAGAGUAGGGUGAUAAUACAUAUUAAAUAAUGAAUACAGAUAAUGAAGCAGUGCCGUUACCAAACGUCCCCUCCAGGAUUAUGAUCCCAAACUAAAGAGAGGAGAGAUGAAGAGAAUGGAGGUGUGAGUUUGCAUCUCCAUGAAAGUCUCAGGUUAACUUACAAAUGGUGAACUUGAUACCAAAUGUUGUGGACAAUCUAUGAAAUGCUGUAAUUAAAGUAACCCGUAGAAUAGGAGCUGUGCGAUUCUACCAGCAGAUCAUUAAGUCUUAGUAAGAACCCAAACACCGCUGGGCAUGUGGAUAAAAUGAGUGCUGGACCCGGUUUAGGUUUCAGACUGAGGACUCACUGCUCUAUAAUAUACUGUACUAUAUCCUGAUAGUUUAGGUAUGAUUCUUUAUGGCUCUCUCCUCACUAUAUUUGACUUGUAUUGUUAAUAUUAUCUCGGGAUUUCCAGACUUUUUCCCCUGUCACAACAUGAUUGACUAAAUUCCUGUGUCAUUAUAGUAAGUGUGAUUUUGUCAUGUCUCAUCGUAGCUCAUCAUUGUAACUGUUUUGUUUUUUUAUGGUAUCGGAUAAACAGCUGACACAACGCUAUACAGUGAGGUCUAAUAUUCAGUAGUACAACAGAAAAUACAAGCAGAUGCACAAACAGUUCAGCAUGUCAUUACCAUCCGUUCUUAAAUAUUGCCCAUGGGCCGUUAUUUACCUCAGUGGCAGUGAGAACCAGGUCUUUAUUUUAAAAACUUCCUCCGUGUUUCCCUGUUGUCUUGAUUAAUUCAGUAUAAUGUACAUUUUGACAGCACUAAUUCCAUCAGUACAACAACACAGUCAUGUUAUACAGUUUUCAUUCACUAACCAUUUUUCCCUAUCAAUGAAACAUUUUUUUGCACAUUUGUCACAGUAAAAGUCUUCCAGUAUUUCUUGUAUUGGUAGACUUUAAAUGGGACCGUAUUUAGGUUCAUUGAUGGCAACUUUUAUGGGUCAAGAAAAAUAGCAAAGUGGAAAGACUUAAUUGGUGAAUGAAAGGAUUAUUUGUGUUAGAGCAGCAGAGUGGUGAGUAUGACAUGACUUUUAGUUGUCUAUGCACUGUGUGGGUUUAGUGACAUGGACGUGGCAAGAUUUUAAUGUAAAAACUUGACUCUAAUCAGUGUACAUCACAAAAUGGGGCUACAGCGACAUCAAAAAAAGUCUUCAUAUCCCUGCUAAUUGAGACAGUCAAGAUUUAGCCUAUAUAUCUUUAGCCUACGAUUUAUCGCCAAUGUUCAUUACAGGAAGUGAUGAAUUGAAUCACAGUGGUAGUAUGAGUUAGUGUUGUAUUUGUGUUGGGUAGAUAUAAUUUAUUGUCAUUCAUUCCGGCCAGCAACUUAAGCCAUGUGGCAUCACCUCUGGGUGCAUUCUGGAUAACUCAGUUUGUGUCACAGUGCUAACCCGUGCCCUGUAAGAGUAGGUUGCACACUGGCCAAACACAGUUGAGUUUCUGCAGUUCUAUUCUAUUCUAUUCUUAUUACAUCCUGCUGGCACAAUAGAUCUGUAGUCCUAGUUUUGCAGCUAAGUUGUGAAGCCCAGGCCUCUGUGGCUAAGUUAUGUUAGUUAUGUUAAAGUAAAGAGCUGUGUAAAUAGCUUGCAGAGGCUAACUGUUUCCCGGUACAUUUCCCAACAUGUCGGACUGUUCUAUUCAUUUAUUCACUCGUUUUCUUACAUGUAUUGAUCACUUAUAAUUCCCAGGCCAAAUAGUAUUUCUGCAGUCUGCAAAUAAUCUUUAGUUAAGUAGCACAGUGUACUUUGACCUAUGUUUGUUAACAGGUAUGAUAUAUUAGGUAUGACUGGAAGUCACAGGAACACAACACCCGUUUGACCUUUGUGACCCUGAUCUGUUGUGUCUCCUUCCUGUAAUCAUGCAGUUGAUGUAAAGACUCCUGGCCAUACUGUGCUAUUGAAUCAGUUGUCUUUAAUUUUGUCAAUGGCCAAAAUACUAGCAGUAGGUAAAUAUUAGUGUUGCUAUGAUUCUUAAUACCAUGUGACUGAAAAGCACCAAAAGAUCAGAGAUUUAGUUUGACUGAAGCUGAAAGCAAAAAAAUCUCAAAUGUUUACCUGUUGUAACUCCCAGUCAUGCCAAUGCCAUGGGAAUUGACAUGCUAUUGGUGUAUAUAUGGGUGUGUGCUUGUGUGUUAAUGCUAACUCAGCUGAACCCAGCACAUUUGAAUACACAGACAAACCCAAACACCGCUGGGCAUGUGGAUAAAAUGAGUGCUGGACCCGGUUUAGGUUUCAGACUGAGGACUCACUGCUCUAUAAUAUACUGUACUAUAUCCUGAUAGUUUAGGUAUGAUUCUUUAUGGCUCUCUCCUCACUAUAUUUGACUUGUAUUGUUAAUAUUAUCUCGGGAUUUCCAGACUUUUUCCCCUGUCACAACAUUAUGAUUGACUAAAUUCCUGUGUCAUUAUAGUAAGUGUGAUUUUGUCAUGUCUCAUCGUAGCUCAUCAUUGUAACUGUUUUGUUUUUUUAUGGUAUCGGAUAAACAGCUGACACAACGCUAUACAGUGAGGUCUAAUAUUCAGUAGUACAACAGAAAAUACAAGCAGAUGCACAAACAGUUCAGCAUGUCAUUACCAUCCGUUCUUAAAUAUUGCCCAUGGCCGUUAUUUACCUCAGUGGCAGUGAGAACCAGGUCUUUAUUUUAAAAACUUCCUCCGUGUUUCCCUGUUGUCUUGAUUAAUUCAGUAUAAUGUACAUUUUGACAGCACUAAUUCCAUCAGUACAACAACACAGUCAUGUUAUACAGUUUUCAUUCACUAACCAUUUUUCCCUAUCAAUGAAACAUUUUUUUGCACAUUUGUCACAGUAAAAGUCUUCCAGUAUUUCUUGUAUUGGUAGACUUUAAAUGGGACCGUAUUUAGGUUCAUUGAUGGCAACUUUUAUGGGUCAAGAAAAAUAGCAAAGUGGAAAGACUUAAUUGGUGAAUGAAAGGAUUAUUUGUGUUAGAGCAGCAGAGUGGUGAGUAUGACAUGACUUUUAGUUGUCUAUGCACUGUGUGGGUUUAGUGAUAUGGACGUGGCAAGAUUUUAAUGUAAAAACUUGACUCUAAUCAGUGUACAUCACAAAAUGGGGCUACAGCGACAUCAAAAAAAGUCUUCAUAUCCCUGCUAAUUGAGACAGUCAAGAUUUAGCCUAUAUAUCUUUAGCCUACGAUUUAUCGCCAAUGUUCAUUACAGGAAGUGAUGAAUUGAAUCACAGUGGUAGUAUGAGUUAGUGUUGUAUUUGUGUUGGGUAGAUAUAAUUUAUUGUCAUUCAUUCCGGCCAGCAACUUAAGCCAUGUGGCAUCACCUCUGGGUGCAUUCUGGAUAACUCAGUUUGUGUCACAGUGCUAACCCGUGCCCUGUAAGAGUAGGUUGCACACUGGCCAAACACAGUUGAGUUUCUGCAGUUCUAUUCUAUUCUAUUCUUAUUACAUCCUGCUGGCACAAUAGAUCUGUAGUCCUAGUUUUGCAGCUAAGUUGUGAAGCCCAGGCCUCUGUGGCUAAGUUAUGUUAGUUAUGUUAAAGUAAAGAGCUGUGUAAAUAGCUUGCAGAGGCUAACUGUUUCCCGGUACAUUUCCCAACAUGUCGGACUGUUCUAUUCAUUUAUUCACUCGUUUUCUUACAUGUAUUGAUCACUUAUAAUUCCCAGGCCAAAUAGUAUUUCUGCAGUCUGCAAAUAAUCUUUAGUUAAGUAGCACAGUGUACUUUGACCUAUGUUUGUUAACAGGUAUGAUAUAUUAGGUAUGACUGGAAGUCACAGGAACACAACACCCGUUUGACCUUUGUGACCCUGAUCUGUUGUGUCUCCUUCCUGUAAUCAUGCAGUUGAUGUAAAGACUCCUGGCCAUACUGUGCUAUUGAAUCAGUUGUCUUUAAUUUUGUCAAUGGCCAAAAUACUAGCAGUAGGUAAAUAUUAGUGUUGCUAUGAUUCUUAAUACCAUGUGACUGAAAAGCACCAAAAGAUCAGAGAUUUAGUUUGACUGAAGCUGAAAGCAAAAAAAUCUCAAAUGUUUACCUGUUGUAACUCCCAGUCAUGCCAAUGCCAUGGGAAUUGACAUGCUAUUGGUGUAUAUAUGGGUGUGUGCUUGUGUGUUAAUGCUAACUCAGCUGAACCCAGCACAUUUGAAUACACAGAUAGUCUAACGGCUGGGGUUUAAAUAUAUAGUCAAAAAUUUUAAAACUAGGGCUCCUGUCAGUUGAGAUGUGUGUGUGUGUGUGUGUGUGUAUUAUUGUUGUCAGGUGAAAACAUGGUAACUCCAAUUUUGGUGAUUUUUUUUUUUUUUAAUUUUUAUUAUUUGACAUAAUGAGAAAAAUUGUCUUUAAGUUGAUAAAGUUGUACAACCAUUCUCUCAAAACGCAUUCAAAACCUCAUUGAAAAAAACAAUAUAAAUAAGUAACCAAGGCAGUUAUUUUUAGCUCAUGAAAAAUUGACAUCUUGGAGAUACACAUUUUUCAAAUUUGACAACAGAAAUAUGUGUGUUUGUGUGUGUGUGCAUGCUCGUGCCUUAUAUGUUACCCCACGUGAUCAUGUGAUUAGCCAUCAAAGUGCCAGUGUGCCCCUUCUGCCAUAGAUUAAAACAAUGUGAGGUGUGUUCAACAAAGCUUUGGUGUUUGUCUCUUAGACAGUGUUCAAAACAGCAUGUUAACAGGCUGAAGGUGUCUUGAAAGGAAAACACAAAGGGGACAAUGAUGGAGCUCCUGUCCAAACUUGGCUUGUUGAACACAGCUCAGCUGUAAUGGAUGAUUGCAGGCUUGAGAAAUGUAACCUCAUAAAUAUGAAAUCCAUAACUACUCAGAUUAAAAUCUGAAUUCUGUACAAAAUUGUUAGAUUUAAAUGAGGAUUUAAAUCUGAAUUUUGUACUUUAAUCCUUUUUGACUUUUAUAUGUCUUAAAUCUCAGGAUUUUCAGAUUAAUCUCAGAAGUUUUUAAAAUUCAGCAUGGCCCUAAUCCUCCUUCAGUACAUAAUUUACCGAUCUCAUGAGAAAACUCAUUACUUUAAUAUUUAUGUUCAGUUUUUAUUUUAAGGCUACAUAUGUUCAGAAUUUCUACAAUAUCCAGUCAACCAAAUAAUAAUUUAUAAUUCACGAAUGAAUUCAAAUUAUUACCAUCUUUGUACAACUAGUAUCAGAUGUUGUUUCGGAUGAAUAAAAAUGUUGCACAACCAAAUUCUCUUUAAAAUAUAACCUGACUAGAUGUCAUUGUUUUUUUUUCCGGUAUCUUUUAAUUUUUUACAGUAAUUACAACCAAGUACAAUUUCUGUUUAUUUAAUUUCUAUAACACUGUUUCUCCUCAACUCUGCUAAUCGAUUACAGCCCUGUCUAAUCUAUGGAUCUUUGUACUGUAACUGUUGUCAUGGUGACAGUGAACAAUAUUUCUCUGUGGGAGAAAUUAUUUUGUUUCCAUGCUGAUUUAUUGAUACUUAGUGAUCUUAUUUUCUUAACUCCUUUUUCAUCCUUUAUUUUUGAUAUGUUGUGGAUCUGAGUCUUAUAUAUGUAAUGAUAUAAUGGUAAUAUACUGUAAUAUAAGUGUGUGCAAACAAUAAAUAAAUGGUGAAUGAAA